UCCUGUCCAGCCAGGCACUGAGCCCUGUGAACAUCGACAGGCAGGCCUGGCUUGGCGAGGAGGUGCUGGCGGAGCCCCGACCGGACAUGUUCCGGGCACAGCAGCUUCAGAGCGCCCUCUCCAGCUCACCGCCCCGGGAACCGGCUCCGCAGAUCUUCAACUUGAUGAAGUUCGACAGCUAUGCACGCUUCGUCAAAUCCCCGCUGUACCGCGAGUGCCUCCUUGCGGAGGCCGAGGGUCGCCCCCUGCGGGAACCUAGCUCCUCGCGCCUUGGCAGCCCUGACGCCACGAGAAAGAAGCCGAAGCUGAAGCCCGGAAAGUCGCUGCCGCUGGGCGUGGAGGAGUUGGGGCAGCUGCCGCCUGCUGAGGGCCCUGGGGGCCGCCCGCUCCGCAUGUCCUUCCGCAGGGAACUAGGGGGCGGUGCGUCAAACUCAGCCUUGCGCCGAGAGUCCCAGGGGUCCCUCAACUCCUCCGCCAGUCUGGACCUCGGCUUUCUUGCCUUUGUCAGCAGCAAAUCUGAGAGCCAUCGGAAGAGCCUUGGGAGCUCAGAAGGUGACAGUGAAAGCCGACCAGGGAAGUAUUGCUGCGUGUACCUGCCUGAUGGCACAGCCUCCUUGGCCCUGGCCCGACCUGGCCUCACCAUCCGUGACAUGCUGGCAGGCAUCUGUGAGAAACGAGGCCUCUCUCUACCUGACAUCAAGGUCUACCUGGUGGGCAACGAGCAGAAGGCCCUGGUCCUGGAUCAGGACUGCACCGUGCUGGCGGACCAGGAAGUGCGGCUGGAGAACAGAAUCACUUUCGAGCUCGAGUUGGCGGCGCUGGAGCGCGUGGUGCGGAUCUCCGCCAAGCCCACCAAGCGGCUGCAGGAGGCGCUGCAGCCCAUCCUGGCGAAGCACGGCCUGAGCCCGCAACAGGUGGCGCUGCGUCGGCCAGGCGAGAAGCAGCCGCUAGAUCUGAGGAAGCUAGUGAGUUCGGUGGCGGCCGAGAGAUUGGUUUUGGACACUCUCCCAGGUGUGAAGAUCCCUGAAGCUGGAGACGUAUCCCCCUGCUGCAGCCAGGGUGGCCAGCCUACAAUCCAGGACAAGGCCGCCCACCUCCCUCCACUGUCCCUGAACUCACUGGCCCAGGCACCCAGUAGUAUCACUGGGAAGCGGCAGACCUGUGAUAUUGAAGGCCUGGUGGAGCUGCUGAACCGGGUGCAGAGCAGUGGAGCCCACGACCAGAGGGGCCUUCUGCGCAAAGAGGACCUGGUGCUUCCAGAAUUUCUGCAGCUGCCUGCCCAGGGACCCAACUCCCAGGAGGCCCCACCACAGACUGAAUCAGCGGCCCAGCCCAAGGGGAGCCUCUCAGACUCCACUGCGCACUCGGCCCUCUGACAGCUGCCCAACCGUCCAGGCCGGCUGCGUGGCACCUGGCGGGCCAAGCAUGCCAUGGGCCCGCUCUGCAUGCCCUGUCUGUGCCAUGAGUGUCCCUGGCCCCUUCCUGCCACGGGCAGGCCCGCAGGAAGAGCUGGGAGGGGAUGGAGAGGGGACUCAGAGGAGUGACACUCCACAGCUGCCACCACUUGGUCCCUUACAGGCUUGCUCGUCCAUCCCUUGCUGCCAGGCCACCAGGGGGAAGUGGGCCUAGCCCCCAGUGCAGGUGUGCCCAACACGGAGGGGCGGCGUUGGCAGUGCCAGCCUCCCCACCAUGUGCCAGGCCUCAGCAGGGAGUAGGAAGAGGGGCCGGCUCUUCCUCGGGGAGCUGGUAUGAGUAAGGCCUGGGGGUGCAGGCAGGCAGGCAGCCCCUCCCGCUACCCACAGAGACGCUACUGGACUUUUGGAUUUUGCAGUUGGCUUGGGGCAGCUGGGUUUGUCCUGGAUGUAUGAUAUUGUUAUUAUAAUAAUUAUUAUUAUUCUGC